AUGGCAUUGUUUCAUGAUGAGAUGGAGAUCAAGGACUUCCAAUAUGACGAGGGCUCGGAGACGUACUUCUACCCCUGCCUGUGUGGGGAUAACUUCUGCAUCACCAAAGAUCAGUUUACGUGUGGAGGGACAGUCCCAGCCCCUUCCCCCAACAAAGAACUAGUUAAAUGCUGA